UUAGUGUUCAAAAUGUUCCACCGCCCGGGUCAGGUAACUUGGCUGAAUAUCCUACUGCCGGAGUAAACUGGGUGGCUGGGUUUCCUGCUGGUAGACUUCUCUUUGUGUAGGAGAACCCAGGAAGGCAGGUCACUGGGCACAGGAUUUCCAGGGGCAGGCUGGGAAUCAGUUAUUGGCCAGUUUAGCUGGACAUCAGGGGCUGGCAUGUCGGGCUGUGCAGCGGGCAGAGGCACGUCAGCGGGCACCGAGUCAUCUGGCACGUCAGCGGGCACCGAGCCAUCUAGCAGAACCGCGGGCACAGAGUCACCGGGCAUAUCAGCGGGCACCGAGCCAUCUAGCAGAACCGCGGGUACCAGAUCACCAAGCUCGACAGCGGGCACCAAGUCAACUGGCACGACAGCGGGCACCGAGUCACCGGGCAUGUCAGUGGGUACCGAGCCAUCUAGCAGAACCAUGGGUACCGGGUCACCAAGCUCGACAGCGGGCACCGAGUCAACUGGCACGACAGCGGGCACCGAGUCAACUGGCACGACAGCGGGCACCGAGUCAACUGGCGCGACAGCGGGCACCGAGUCAUCUGGCUCGACAGCGGGCACCGAGUCAACUGGCACGACAGCGGGCACCGAGUCAUCAAGUCAUCCGGCUCAACAGCGGGCACCGAGUCAACUGGCACGACAGUUGGCACCGAGUCAACUGGUACGACAGAGGGCACCAAGUCAACUGGCACAACAGCGGGCACCGAAUCAUCAGGCAUCGAGUCAACUGGUACGACAGCGGGCA